AUGCAGACACAGUCUCUCAAAUAUAGGCUGAGCUUCGAAAAGUUGGAUAUUGCGUCGGUAAACCCAGACACUCAUGUCUCCAGCAGCAACGAGAAUUCUCAACGCAGCCAGACUGAGGAUACAGCACCAACAGCAGCUGGACCAGCAGAGACCAGAACACGAAGCAAACGACAUGCUUGGUCAAGGGAAGAAUUUAAGGAGGUGAUUUGGGCGUACCACGAAGCAAAACGGAUUGGGAAACCCAUUGUCGGCGGAGCGUUUGAGGUAUGGAGGCAGCGGAACCCCAACCUGCUGCCAACUUUGACCGCAUCGAACCUGGCCGACGUACGAAGGAACAUCGAGAAGAGGAAGUGGCUCACUGAAGUAGAGAUGGAUGAAAUUAGAAAGGAUGUCGAAAAUAACAACCAAGUAGACAGCCUGGAAGGUGAAGUCCAUCCCUCAUCCUUUGUCGAGGAGAACUCAGCACCGAAUGAAGAUCAGGCUGAACCAGUCCAACUGGUAGAACCAAGAAGUGCUGAAGGCUCUAAUGAUGACAUGGAGCGCAAAAUUAGGCUGAAGGUGGUGGAACUACAGUCGAUCGAAGUGAUGCAACGUAAAGGCCUGAACAAACUCAAGCACUCUAAACAGAACAGUGAGCUACUCCUAGCUGCCAAUUCGGCUCUUGCCAGGAUCUGUGAGAAGGAACACCUGAACCUCACAGAGAUCAACCAACUGAUUUACGCGGCGGCAGCAGCAAUCUCUGGCGAAAUCAAACAAAAGCCACCGCGUAAGCCGAAGUCUAGCGAAGGACCAAAAUGGAAGAUGAGAAUCAAGAGCAAAAUCUCACUCCUAUGCAAAGACAUAUCAGUAUUGGCAGAGCUGAAUAAAGGAGUCGCCUGCAGCUCUCUACACCAGAAGGCCAAUAAAAUCAAGAGUCGGCAUGGAAUAAGUGAACUAGCAGAGCUCAUCAGGACCCUCAAGAUGAAACUCCAGGCCAAGAACCGGCUGUUCCGCGAAGACACAAAGAAGUUCUACAGGGACCUCAAUCAGAAGCAGAAACCUGUCAUCGAACCACCAUCUCAAUCUGACGUUGAGGACUUUUGGAGGAGCAUACUUGAAGAUGGCAGGCAUCACAACACUGAGGCCGCUUGGAUCCAACGAGAAGUCGAUGCAAAUGCAAAAAUCAAGCCUGAAAAAUGGAAAGACUUCUCUGCUAUGGAGAUCAAGAAGAUCGUAAAAAAUCUCCAAAACUGGAAGGCCCCUGACCCAGAUAAAGUCCAUAACUUCUGGGUCAAGCACUUUGAUGCCGUGCACGAACAACUAGCACGAGCACUUAGUGAGGUCACCAGAGACCCAAGUAUUCUACCAGACUGGUUCACCACAGGAGUGACGUUCCUACUCACAAAAGGCAAGAACACAAAGGACCCAAAGAACUAUCGUCCGAUAACUUGCCUCCCAACAAUGUAUAAGGUGCUAACCACUUUGAUCUCUGAGAGGAUGUACGCCCAUCUGCUUGGCAGCGACGUCCUGCCAACCGAGCAGAAGGGAGGCAGGAAAGCAACGCGAGGAUGCAAAGAUCAACUCCUCGUCGACAAAGCGGUCAUAGAGGACGCGAAGAGAGGCAAACGCAACCUCAGUAUGGCUUGGAUAGACUAUAAGAAAGCCUACGAUAGCGUCCCGCACAGUUGGAUCAUUGCAGCUAUGAAGAUCUACGGAACCUGCCCGACCAUCGUCAAGUUCCUGGAAGCAGCAAUGAAGGAGUGGAACACCGAGAUGCAGCUAUAUCACUCAGGCGGCUGCAUUAAAACUGGUAGAAUUGCCCUCAUAAGAGGAAUUUUCCAAGGCGACUCCUUGUCGCCACUGCUAUUUUGUUUGUCGCUGGUUCCCCUGAACAACAUAGUAACUAGAGACAACCUAGGAUAUGUAAUGCACAAAGAGCACUGA